UUUGUAAUUUAAGAUUUUAAGUAAAAAUUAUUAAGAUGCUUAAUUUGACAGCUUUCUUUCUUGCCUCUAAAGAGCUCCUGUCUCUGGGUUCUACUUAAAAGAAUAGUAAAUGUUAAUCCUUCUAUGGCAUAAGUCCAUUAGUCAUAGCCAUGAACUUUGGAUAUGGCCAUAUGCAGAUAUCCUUUCUUUUGAGCUCAUAAAAUUUUAGGAGUAAACUUUUUUUUUAAGAUUUGAGGACUCAAAAUGCUACAAAACUUCACAUAACAAAGCUUUGAAGCUUGAACUUUCAUCAGAAACAAAAAGUAAGAGCUAUUCAGCAUCAGUAAGCCAUCCUAGGAAACUUUUCCCAAAAUUCCAUCAAGCUAGACUGCAUGAAUCUUUCUCGUGACUAAUAAAAUGUUAAUAUUUCUUUCUAAAUUUUUGAAAACCUGCUUGCCAAGGCAAUGUCUGAGCCUUCACAACGCCUUGAGAGUUUGAAAUAGCUCAGAUUUAAGCAUCAACUUAAUAUAUAGCUCAGUCUUGUUUGAGAUCCUUUUUGAAAAAUAUUAAUUACUUGUUUCAAU